AUGUUGCCCUCUUCAUUUUCUGAUACACUCUCCACAAACUCUUCCUCAUCAUGCGCCACCACAGCCAUGUCCGUUACCUCCUCGGUCGUGAGCGGAAGCAAUAACAGCACCUAUUCCUCCUCUUCUCAAAGUUCCGGAGUGAAUGUCCAAGUACUCCUCAGAUGUAGACCAUUGAACGAGAAAGAGAAGGGACAAGCCAUCUCGGUCGAUACCUCUCCAUACAUGAGAAAAGAAUUAAAGGUUCAUCAGAAAUUAGUACACGGAAAGGAAAUUACCAAGACCUUUACCUUUGAUCGAGUCUAUGGUCCACAGACGACUCAGAAGGAAUUCUUUGAUGAAUCCAUCAAGAGUAUUGUGGACGAGGCUUUGGAUGGAUUCAAUUGUACAAUUUUUGCAUAUGGACAGACAUCAUCGGGAAAAACCUUUACUAUGGAAGGAAGGAGAGAUCCCAACGAUGCUACCGAUUCACAAGCAGGUGUUAUUCCACGAAGUAUUUAUCACAUUUUCCAAACCUUAGAAUCUAACAAGACAGAAUACACUGUGAAAGUGAGCUGUAUGGAGUUGUACAAUGAAGAAUUACAAGAUUUACUAACGGAUCGACAAAACAAGUUAAAGAUUUUCGACGACAACACUGGAAGAAAGGGAACAGUGGUGGCUGGCCUCGAAGAAAUUGUAGUUCGAGACGCCUCUCAAAUCAUUUCCAUAGUGGAAGACGCACAAAAGAGAAGACAAAUCGCAGAGACGAAUUUGAACAAGUCCUCAAGUCGUUCACAUUGUAUUACCACCAUUACGAUUCACAUGAGAGAAGUGAAUGAUGAAGGUGAGGAAUUUAUCAAGACUGGAAAGUUGAAUCUUGUCGAUUUGGCUGGCAGUGAAAACAUUGGUCGAUCUGGAGCUAUCAAGCAACGUGCAAAGGAAGCUGGUAUGAUCAAUCAGAGCUUGCUUACCUUGGGAAGAGUCAUUACUGCUCUCACUGAGCACAGUCCUCACGUUCCAUACAGAGAAUCUAAAUUGACUAGAAUUUUACAAGAUAGUUUGGGAGGAAAGACAAAGACAUGUCUCAUUGCAACUAUCUCUCCAUCAGUAUUGUGCUUGGAGGAAACACUAAGCACAUUAGAUUAUGCUUUCAAAGCAAAGAGUAUCAAGAAUAAGCCUGAGGUGAAUAUGAAGGUCUCUAAGGCACAAUUAAUUAAGGAAAUGUCUGCUGACAUGGAAAAAUUGAAGGCAGAAUUGAAUGCUCAAAGACUCAAGCACGGUAUUUACAUGGCUCCUGAGAUUUAUGAAGAAACAAAUCGAAAAUUACAAGAACAAGAAUGUACUAUACGAGAUUUGGAGGAUCAACUUCAAUUAAAGUUGAAGGAAUACGAAGAAUUAACAGCAGUAUUCAAGGAAAAGGAGCGUGAACUGCAAAAGGAGGUCCAAAGUCACAGCGAAACAAAAUCUGUUUUGACCACAACCACCAAUGUUCUCAAGAAGACUGAGACAGAAUUGAAAAGCACAAAAACUGAACUUGACAUUACAAACUUUGUUCUAGAAAAAACACAAGAGACAGAGGAGCAACUACUUGCUGAAGCUCACUCUCUUCUCGAUGGCCUCAAAGAUAGUGUGCAAGACAUUGACGGAUUCAUUGGCAAGGUCGAACGAAAAUCCAAGGUCGAAAUUGACAAUCAAACAUUGACAAGCAUGUUCAAGGAAACGAUGCAAGAAAAGUUGAACCAAUCUGAAGAGGAGAUUCACAAGCUCUAUAACACGUUUGUCAAUGUUAACACUACUGCCAAGAACUCGAUUGAGGAAUUCAUGUUGCAAAAGAUGACACAGGCCAAACUCUUGGGAGAACAAAUGAAGGAAAUUACUGAUCUCUUCCAACGUUCUCAGAAAGAGCUCUUGCAAUUAAUGGAUAACAAGUCUUCCUCUCAAGGUGCUGCUUUGGACUCUUUCCAACGAAAUAAUGACUUGUUUGAGCAGAAAAUAGUCAAGAAUAUGUUCAGCAUGAAGGAUGCAUUUGAACAAUCCAUGUCUCUUGUGCAAAAUCAAAUUGAGAAUCAAAAACAAGAGCUUCAAAAGCUCAAUAACUUCUUUGUGGAUACUCUCACAAGAAAUACCAAAUACUUGGAAAUCUUUACCACUCGUCACAAUGAAGUCAUGAAUGAAAUGAAGGAACAAAUGGAACACACUGUGGAGCUUCAUGUUAACCAAACCAAUUUACACAGUUCUAAACUCAGUGAAAUGUUGGAACAACAACACAAACAGAACAUUCUCUUGAAGCAAGAGCUCAUGAAGAAUAUCGAAGCCAUGAUUGAUGAUACCAUCUCCAAGCAAGAAGGCGAGUUCUCACAGUCUGUCUCAAGUAUUCAACAAUUCUUUGGUGAUUCUGUUCAAUCUGUUCGAAACAUGGAUGCCACAUUCAAGAAGGGAUCUCAAGAGUCCUGCAACAACAUGGAAAAGAUGAAGUUGAACCUCACAACAAAUCAGCAAGAAGCAACGCAAUCAGUCACCAAAUCAAGAAUGCAAAUCGAUACACAUAUUCAAAAUGUUGCAUCUGAGGCAAGCAAAUUAACUGAAUCUGUGAAAACCUUCUGUGAAUCCUCUAACUCUACCGUCUCAUCUAACUCACAAUACGUGAAACAAUUUAUCCAAACCGCUAAAGAGGACCAACAAGUGUUUAUGGACCAAUGCAAUGCAUCAUCAUGUAAGAACAUGUCAACUUAUCAAGAACGUGUCAGUCAUCUCAAUCAUCAUAUUACUAGCUUUGAUCAGCAAGUUGGAGCCUUUUCGAAUACUCACUUGGACCUCCACAAUUCACAACUUGGCCACGUUGAAAAGUUUAGACAGGGCUUUAUUGAGACAAGAACCAAUGACAUGAAACGCUCUCUCUCACACUUUGUUCUUAACACAGAUCAACCUACUGGAACUACUCCUCAAAAGAAAAAGAGAAAAAUUCCAGACAAGUUACCAAAGACCAAGCCAAAGGAUGAGCUUGUGGAACUGUACAAACUCUCUCUACCUUCAUCCCUUGAGGUGCCAGUGGUGUUGUCAGGUAGUGAGAUGAUUGCUAGCCCGAGCCGAUCUGAUACCAUGGACGAUGCUGAUUCAGAUACUUUAAGUGUUGCAAGCAAUAAGGAGAAUAUUGGUUCACCAGAAAAUAUUUCCCCUCAAAGCGCCUUGCCGCCUGUGAAACCUUUGAAGACAUCUAACAACAGCGAACUUUCUGUUCCUUCUAGUGUUGUGAAAAGAAAAAAACCUGCAACAGCCACCAAGGUUGUAAAGACAAACGUUAUCAAGAAUGAAAACUUUGGUGUUUCUUCAUUCAGAUAA